AUGAAAAGUAACAUCGACAACAACAACAACAACAUAAACAAAUACAACAACAUCCUGACAUUACUGAAAAUAUGUGUCAUCUCGUUAUUCGUGGCUUCUACUUUAAGCGCCGUCAUUUUCUCGCUAUUAUACAAUCGCCUGGAGUCAGAUGAAACCCUGAGUAACCAGAAUUCAAACCACCAUCGUACCAUCAACGAUUUUCACUCCUUCACUAAUCAACGAAUUUGUAAUCAGAUUGCUACAAGGUAUCUUGCAUUUCUUGAGUUUGAGCAUUUUAACAUGGGCAACUCUGGCAAUGAAGACAACAAAAACGCCAACAACAACAACAUCAACAACAACAACAACAACAACAACAACGUCAUCAUUGACAAAAACAACAACAUUAUCAACAACAUCAACAACAACGUCAUUAUUGCCAAGAACAACAACAACGUCAUCAUUGACAAAAACAAAAACAUCAUCAACAAUAAUAACAACAACAACAACAACGUCAUCAAUGAUAAUAACAACAACAACAACAACAACGUCAUCAUUGACAAAAACAACAACAUCAUCAACAACAACAACAUCAACAACAACAUCAUUAUUGACAAAAACAACAACAACAACAUCAACAUCAACAGUGGCAACUCUAUCAGGCAUACAUAUUGUGUAUUGCAGCUGUUGACGAGCGUACUGCUCAUUUAUGCUUUCACAUAUUUCAACAGGUUUCUUACGGAUUUGCAACAUUACUUUGAAUCAAAACAAAGCGGAAACACAAUUAUUCGCGAUGAAAUUAAAAAUUGUGGCUACUGUGGUGGGUGUAGUUCUUGUCGUUGUUGUCGUUGCUGCCAUGGUGAAUCUUGUUGCUGCUGCAGUAGUUGUUUCAAUUGUUGUUGCGGUUUUGGCUGUUCAAGUGCUUCUGAGUUUGACUCAAGAAAAAACACGAAAAACAUCGAAAAGUUGAAUUACGAAGGCUUUGAAUACAAACACUUUAGUAGCGACAACAUGAUCAAUCUCAUCAGCAGCGACCUCAACGGCCACAAAAACGUGAACAACUACAAAAUCAAUUCAACGCAACCUCCUUCACAGAACUCAUUUCUUCUGACACCAUUACAUCACAUACCAACAUCAUCACCACCAUCACCAUCAUCACCACCAUCAUUACAUCCCAUAGCACCAUCACCAUCAUAUUUAACUCCAACAUCAUUAGCAUCAUCAUCGGCGUUUUCAUCACCAUUAUUAUCUUCGUCGUCGUCGGCAUUGUCGUCACCACUGCCAUCACCUGCCCAUUUUUUGGCGGCACCACUUCCAAGUAUGGAGUCCUUGUACGUUGAAAUGUGCUUCAGGGAGAACAACAUCAUCGAGGAAAUUUGA